CAAUCACAGAAGCGCGUGACGGAAGUGGACUGUUUGUUUUUUCUGACGUCGGGCGACGUCCACAUUGCAGACGGUCGUCUCGCCAGAGGUCAGCGACGUAACAAGACGAGGAUUCAAAAUGUUGUCUUCGGUUAUUGCCAAAAAACUGGUUACAGGAAUGUGCCAGACGGCGAGGAGACCAGCCGUCAUCGGGCUGGUACCUUCCUGCUGCUACCGCGGCGACGCUCCCGAUGACGUCAAGACCGACCUGAUCGAGAUCCCCUUGCCCCCUUGGCAGGAAAAACCCGGGGAGACCACCGACAUCAAGAGACGACGUUUGCUGUAUGAGAGUCGUAAGAGAGGAAUGCUAGAGAACUGCAUAUUGCUCAGCCUUUUUGCGAAGCGGUACUUGAACACAAUGAGCGAGACCCAGUUGCAGCAGUAUGACAGACUGAUCAAUGAACCCAGCAACGACUGGGAUAUCUACUACUGGGCAACAGAAGCUCAGCCCACCCCGGACGUUUACCAGGGAGAGGUGAUGGAUAUGCUGAAGGAGUUCACCAAGAACCGCAACCAGGAGCAGAGGUUGGACGCUCCCAGCUUGGAAUACCUGGAAAAAGAAGCCUAAAGAGGACAUUCUCCGUUGACCUUUCCGACAGACUAAGACGGGUGACAUAACCCACUGGCAGGACUACUACAGUACUACUAUGAAAGUCUGUGUAUUUUGCAGUUUUAUGCAGCAAAGUGGUGGUAAAUAGUAACUCUUACUGUAUCUAGCAUUCAUUGAGUGAUAUUUUUAUUGAAAUAUUGAAUAUAUAUUCACUGUAACGUGAACAUAGGAGUUGUGAUGAUUAAUUACUGGUAAAAUUGACUUGUUUUGUGUUGUAAUUAUGAUAUUUACUCAAAAAUUGGAGCCAUUUUCGUCGCUGCUUAUGCAUGCGAUGUCAAUGUAUAACCACCAGAUGGCGACAAAGUACAUAAAAUCGUGUCACAUUUAA